GAUGGUAAAAAUAAAUAAAAAAAUUUAAAAUAAAAUUAAAGAAAAUUUAAAUGAAAUCAAUGAAAAUGUUAUAUUGUAUAGUAAAUUAAGUGAAAAUGCAAUUCGAUUUACAACAGACAUUUUUUCAAAGCUUGGGGGACUACUACGAAAAUGGAAAAAUUCGAAUUAAAACAAAAAGUCGAAGAACCAAAAAAAUCCGAACAAAAUUUUUACAAAACACCAGAACCAAAUAAACCGAAAAUCAACAAAGAUAUUGUAGUUAAGCAGUCAGCUCAGGUCGCGGGAGCUAGCCGAAAUCACCUUAAUAAUCAGCAUUCUUCGGGAAAGAAAUAUGAUGAAGUUCAACGUACGAAUGACCCAACAAUAAAUACCUUUCAUAGCGUUGCUCAACCGAAUGAAGAUCAAAGUGAGGGAUAUUGUAAGAGACUGCACAACAAUCGCAAGCAAACGGGCUCAAUAUGUGGAGGCCUCUUGUUGAUGUUAGUAUCAGGUCUCCACAUUGGAUGGGGAAUAUGGAGAACCCACGGUUGGUCAACACACUCUGCCAAUAUGAGUCUACUCAUCUUUUCAAUUAUGACUUGGCCGAUAUUUGCGAUUUGUGGAAGUUUGAUUGGAUCCGCCCUGAUCAUUGUACUAAGGAAAGAUAUAAUUUACUACAUAACAGCUGGAACAAUGGCGGUCGCUAACGUGAUAUACAUAAUUUGGUACAACCAUUACGCAGCCAUAGUUUGUGGUCGGAUACUGACAAGUCUGGCGCAUGGGACACUUUUUAUUACCUUGGUCACCCAGGCCGGUGAAAAUGGCUCGAGAGGUGUGAGAGCAACGAUAUUCUCUACAAUAAACUGCAUCCAGUACGCAGCCAUUUUCAUGUCCGUGCAAAUUAAUGCUAUUCUAGCCGGUGAUUUCUCAUCGGAACGUAUAAUUGGUGGCUUGGCUUUGGCUUUUGUACUGGCCUCAGUCAUUUGCACAAUAACUCUCAAUAUUGAGACCGUGCCACAUUUGCUUUGGAAGAAUGAACGACUCAUUGCGAUGGACAAUAUGAAACGGCUUCGUGACGUCACAAUCGAAAGUCCGCAAAUGACACGCGAAAUGGCUGAAAUGGAGACAAUGGUACUGCAAGAUAAGCAAGACAAUCGAAAUGUGUUCGUCGACGGUAAUGUGAAGCCGCUUUUGCUGAUACUAAUCAUUCGAUUGAUGGCUGCACUGACGAACAACUUCUUACUGAACAUUAUCUUAAUUGGUUCGUGCGAGUUAAUUCUAAACGAACCAGAAUAUGCUUCUUCGAUGAUUAUCGCCGCACGGCUAGCCAUGUCUGUCGUGCAAAUAUUUUAUGCGGACGUUGUACCGAGGAAAAUUCAAAUUUUUGUCUCAGCAGCAUUAGCUGGAGUGUUAUUAAUAGGACUAGGAGUGAUCCUAAAUGUCGUCACCAUUACCUCAUCGAUAAACUAUUUCGUUCCCUCGUUGUUUGCGAUGCACUUUCAAGUCUUGUGUGGAUUGGGAAUUGAACAAAUGGCAAACGUGUACCUAUCAGAGGCAUUUUCGACUGCUAAAAAACCGUGGUCAUUGUCAUUCGUUGUGGGAAUCGAGCACGUAUUUCAUUUAUUCAUGAUUGGGAUGGCUUUCACAUCGGUAUCGUCAGCCGGACUGUAUGCAUUGUUGUUUGUUUCCGGGGGAUUUCUCAUCUUCAUGGGUGCAGUAUUAAUGUUUUUAUUACCAGAGACGAAGGGAAUGACUUUGAAGGAAGCAAGGGACGCGUUUCGGAAAAAUGAGAUUUUCAAUCUAUUCUAAGUGUUUCUGGAUCAUUUGUUACGGCAAUGUAAUUUGUUUGAUUGAUUAAAUUUCUC